CGCAUCAAAAAAUAGUACCUAGUGUAAACAACAAUGACGAAGCAUAUAGUAUUGUUGUUUGUGUCAACCCUUGUCUUCACAAGCGCUAGGCAUUUACAUCCCCAUGGAGAUACCCAUGAAAGACAUCAAGAUGUAGAAGAGCUAUGUGAGCAUGGGGCUGAGAAAGCUUUAAAAACUGCGCCGAUCAGGGAAGAAUACAUUAAUGUGGAGGCAAUAGAGGAAAUUUCACGCAACAUUAAACCGAAUCGCUUCGUGCCACUAAACAACCCGAUCUUCUUUAUGGGUCAAAUGCCUUGUCCCGAGGAGGGCUUCAAGCGGGACUAUUUGGGUAUCUGCAGGGAAGUCUGGGACUAGUCGGAUAAGGAUUUUCUUAGUUUGUCCACCGAAAAUGUCAAAGACUAACGGCCGAAUUAACAUUGGACCCGGCACCAUGUAUGCUUUCAAUCUCUUGGGCAUUGUUUUAGUCAUCUUCAAAUGCUGGUGCGAAUUUUUUAGAAACAAUGAUAAAUUCAUGCUCAGUGGUUUGAUCUACUCUGAAUAUAAGUUGCUUUAUAUUAAUGUGAUACUAGUUAUAAGAUUUAGUUUAUAGAGUCUUGUUCGUGUAUCAUGGACACGGCAAAUACCUAUCAGAUAAGUUGUAAGUAGUGUAGUACAAUAAAUCUGCCACAUAACUGGAAACGUAUUUACGAAAGUUUGCUACAACGGUUGACAUAACAACAAACAUUCAUAAAGCGCUUCAGUUCAGCGGCACACCUAGACUUUGAUUUUAGAUAAGAUAUCCUACAAAGGUCAAAACUACUUUAUCACUUCUUGUAGAGAUAAAUAUUUAUCAAGUGCAGUGGAAUAUUUUAUAGUUCCUCCAUGAUUGUAAAAAGUGCUUACUGAUUAUAAUAAUAAAUAUGAUCGUGCAACACAAA